CUAAUUUCUAACAUCUUUCACAAUGGGUUUCUUUGACGACUGGUUCGGCUGGGUUUGGGAUAUUUUGGCCUCGUUGGGUUUGGCGUCGAAGAAUGCCAAAAUCCUCUUCCUCGGUCUUGACAAUGCUGGCAAGACGACUCUCCUGCACAUGUUGAAGAACGACCGACUUGCGACUCUCCAACCAACACUUCAUCCAACAUCGGAAGAACUUGCCAUUGGGAACGUCAAGUUCACAACCUAUGAUUUGGGUGGACAUCAACAGGCCCGCCGCCUCUGGAGAGACUACUUCCCUGAAGUCGACGGAAUUGUCUUCUUGGUUGACAGCGCCGACUUUGAGCGAUUCCCUGAAUCAAAAGCUGAGCUCGACGCACUUCUUUCUAUUGAGGAACUCGCAAAGGUUCCCUUCGUCGUCUUUGGUAACAAGAUUGAUGCCCCUGGUGCUGUGAGCGAGGAUGAGCUCCGACACCACCUUGGUCUCUACCAAACCACCGGCAAGGGCAAGAACCCCUUGAGCGACAUCCGCCCUAUUGAGGUCUUCAUGUGCUCCGUCGUCCAGAGGCAAGGUUACGCAGAAGGUUUCCGAUGGCUAUCACAAUAUAUUUAAGCUGUCGUACCAUCGCGGACAAGGCUACGUCGACCUGUCUCUUUACCGUAGACUUGGAGCCACCAGUUUUGUCGUUAUGAUAUCAUUACUUCGUUCACCC